ACCUGGUGGACGUUUCCGCAAUGGAAGUCCUUCAGUUCUACGAGCUGUCGAAUCUCAAUGACAGCGUGACAGACGGCGCCGACAACACGAGCGUGCUACAGGUGAGCAUCGCCGUCGCGACCAACAUGAGCGUCGACGUGGACCCUGUUGCUGCCAACGGCUCAGGCGCUCUCAGCAGCGUCAGCAGCAGCGGCAGCACUAGCAGCAGCCUGUACGAGGUUCCGGUGGACAUCGUCGUGCUGCUGUCAUUCUGCUACGGACUGGUCUCUUUCGUCUCCAUACUGGGAAACGUGCUCGUCCUGUGGAUCGUGGCGUCGUCGCGGCGCAUGCAGACCAUCACUAACCUGUUCAUUGCAAACCUGGCCGUUGCCGACGUCAUCAUCGGCGUCUUCUCGAUCCCGUUCCAGUUUCAGGCCGCAUUGCUGCAGCGCUGGGCGCUUCCUUACUUCAUGUGCGCCUUCUGCCCCUACGUCCAGGUGGUCUCGGUGAACGUGUCCGUGUUCACCCUCACGGCCAUCGCGGUCGAGCGCUACCGGGCCAUCACGUCGCCGCUGAAGGCGCGCUUCUGCUCCAAGGCGACGGCCAAGCUGCUCGUGCUCAUCAUCUGGCUCUCGUCGCUGGUCGUGGCGAGCCCCAACGCACUCGCCCUGCGCGUCGUGCUCGUCGUCGACAAGCUGAGCGGCCUGCGCGAGCGGCCCUUUUGCGUCAACGCAGGCAUGCGGCCACUCACCUGGAAGGCCUACAACCACGCCCUGGUCUGCGUUCAGUACUUCCUGCCCCUGGGCGUCAUCUGCUACACGUACGGAAAGAUCUGGAAGAAGCUCCGCCAGUCCAAGGCGCCCGGUAACAUGGAGACCGUGCGCGACGCCAACAUCGUGCGCAAUAAAAACAAGGUGAUAAAGAUGAUGGCGAUCGUGGUCGUCACUUUCGCCCUGUGCUGGCUGCCCUACCAGACGUACAACCUUCUAGCCGAGAUUUACCCCGCCAUAAACUCGUGA